AAUAUGACCUCACAGGCCACAUUUCCCGUUACUGUUCAAAUACCUAUAAUCCUACUACAUACAUACCUAAUACAUACAUAUACAUGUAGGUAUGUGUGUGCGACGCCGAUCUUACUAAAUCAUAUUUCUUAUCCUUUCGUAUCUCACGUAUUUCUGUGAUUUUCCAACAGCCACUUCCUAUGGCCAACUCGACCCGACGACGAGGACGAGGACGACCGAUUGACCAGACACAGCCUCAUCACUCGAGCCAUCGUCGGGAGGCUCCUUGAAUGGCCAGACCACUGCCCGCCUCGUCCUCUUCCUCUUCCCCCCCCCUUAACUCUAGCAAUGGCAACACCAAACCGAAUGCCCCCGUCGUAGCCGUCUCUCUCCUACAACCUCGUGUUGCCGUCGCACUCGGUGUUCCCAAACGCUGGCACCAUACCCUCUCAGCCUGUCGUUUGCUGUCUAUCGUGCCUCCUAUAUUCUGGGGCAUCCGUUUUACACUACGCUUUCUCCUCGCCGAUCUGUUGCGUCUGUCCGAUCACCGAGAUUAUGGCCGCGAUACCACUGUCUUCACUUUAAGGCUGACCGAGACCGCUUUGGCCAUUAUAUGGUGCUGUGCCUCGGCAUAUCUCGCCUUCUUCUUUGCCGAUUGCCUCAUGUCACGUUGGCUCAUCAACUACACUCCGCAAGCGACCGUCGUACGCCUCCUUACCAUUAGCUGUGCCUUUGCCUACCUGACCUCGUGGGUCGUAUAUCUGACGGGCGGUUCCCAGGACCCCGGCCUCCUGCUACCGGCCUGGGUCGGUAUCGCAACCAUACUGACCACCUGCUACCACUUCACCCAACGAAAGAUUAAGAUUAGAAAGGAGACCUUUGCUAGCAUAAGCGUUUUCUCCAUCGCGAGCUUCAUUAGCAUGGUUGCUUUAUUGUUUCACUCGCAUUGGACCAGGAUUGGAUAUCAGAAUGUGCCCUUAGUUGCUCUAACGAAACGGGUGUGUCAGAUCGCAUGCCAACUUCUUUUUCGUGUCCUUGGCGUGACUAGGGACGUCGAUAAUUUAUGAUACGGAGCUGUGUCUUUUCUUGCCCUUCCUCGUUCUGCCAUUGCCUCACACCAUUGGAUUGUUCCAACUUGGUUAUCACAACCGAAAUCGGUACCGGUUUCCGUCCCUUCGGUCCCUACUUCCUUACCUCCUUACCUCCUUAGCUUGAUGCCUAGAUGCUGCUAUUCUGGUCCUCGCCAUCAGCUACCUACAUCCGAGAUAAUAUCUGUUUUGAGUACAAUAAGAGCGCGUUGGGUUCGAAACUAAGUAUUGUUCGAUACGGUGGCCACCAUCCUGUAGUUCCUCUCGUUCCUCGAUAUCUGUGUAGCUACGUUUG